AGAAACCUCAAUCCAAAAACAACAACAAAAAACUAAAUCUUCUUUCCUUUUUCGAUUAAAUGGUGAGAAAUUCAAUGAAGCCUGAGUACGAUCUCGACCAUCUUCCCCAUCAAAGCUUUUACGGAGAUUAUUCAAAAACUUUGGUUCCCAUGAACAAGAAUUCCCAAAUAAUAACCAAGAUCAAGCCUAAGAUCCGUAUCAUCCAUAUAUUUGCACCAGAGAUCAUCAACACCGAUGUCAAGAACUUCCGUACACUCGUCCAAAGUCUGACCGGCAAACCGGAGAUUACCAAAACCCGUUCUAAGAAAAAGAUAAGCAAACCAAAUUUCCAACCACCACCGCCCCUGCCUCAAGAAUCCGACCAACAACAUACGACGGAGCUGGUCAACAGAAUAAUAGGGAGCAACGUAGUGAAGGAAGAAUGGGGAUCAAGUUCGAACGCCAAUACUUACUUUGAUUUAGAUGGUUUGAUCGAUCUUGAUGAAGACGACAACAUAUUCUCAAGUCGAUGGUUUGAUCUUCAACAACAAUAAAUAGCUCGGUCACACCUUACCCUAAUAUGUAAGGCUUCUAUAAAUCGUGAGUCCUAUAUGGGUUUUGAUGAUCUGAUUAUUUCUUCCAUAUGGGACAUAACAAGGCAACAUGGUUGACGAGGCAUAUAUACAUGGUUGAGACGACGAUCGUCAAUUCAUCAUAUAGGUAGGAACAUACGCAUAACUUGUACAUAUACACAUGUUUGGUUUUUUUCUUUGGAGCCCUUUGAUUUAAUUUGGUAGACUGACUUAAUUUGCCAAAAAAAAAAGAGUGUAGUGAUGAGUUUAACUUGGUAGACUGAUUUUGCCAAGAGAAAGUAGGUUUGAGUUUUGAUCUACGAUCAUGUAAUAGCUCUACUCAAAAUUGGUGUAACACGUUGUACUCACGCGUGCGUGUAUUAAUAAUUCUUUGAUGUAUUUGUGAUC